AUGGGGGUGGUGUUGGGGCCGAGAGACUGGGCGAGGUUCGGCCCGCUGUUCUUCUCCUUAGCUCUCCGUCCCACCCUCCACGCCCUCUCUCAAUCCCUCGGCCCCAACACCACCCCCCUCGCGGGCCGCGCCGUAGCCCACCUCCUUCUCCAACAAUGCCUUCAACAAAACAUCCGCCAUCUCCAGCGCAGUUUGAAGACGGACGACGUCGGAGACGAGUGGCGGAAGAUGGACGAGCGGUCGUGGCAAGAGGUUCAGAGGUUGCAGAUGCGGCAGAUAGGGAAUGCGCCAGAGGAAGAGGAGAAGGGGAGGUUGUUGUCGAGCCUACCGGCUAGGUUUGGAGGACGCGGACUCUUAUCAUUCACAAACAUUGCACCGCUGGCUUAUAAAUCAGAGCAAGAAUCCGCCGACUCCUUCCUCGCCAAGAUCGACCUCAUCCACCUCAUCGACCCUCCCCCCACCCCCACCCCCACCCCCAGCGCGUUAGGUAAGCCCUACUUUGAACCUCUCCGCCUCUCCAACCACGAGAUCGCCGCCGGUCUCCACUACCGCCUCCUCACCCCCGCCUCCUCCCCCACCUGCUCUGCCUGCGCGAACGAGUCUGACCUCGGUCACGACCAAGUAUGCCGCCUGCGCGAGACUUGGUCCAUCCGCCGACACGACUCUAUCAACAGAGUCUUCCAAUCCUACCUCUCCCGUGUCGCCGGCGCCGUCGUCUUACUCGAACCAUCAACCCAGUCUGGGCGAAGGAGGAAUGACCUUAGGGUGCUAGGAGGGGGAGGGGAGGGGAGGAACGUCGACUAUACGAUCUGA